ACAGACAGCUUUAACACCAUCCACUCUUCACACACACACACACACAAUUACAUACAUACACUUUUUUGUCAUUUGGUAUAUGCACACACAUUACACAAAUCAUCCAGUAAUCACACACACACAUAUACACACUGAUGAAUCACAUUUUCAAUGAGUUUUAGAAGCACCACAAGCAGAUCUACCAUUGUUUGAUAUUAAUUAAUCUCAGUUGGAACCUCCUGCUUUAAAUAUGUGUAGAAGUUCCUGUAAUAUUUCUGACAGAGUACAUGCUGAAGUUCACAUGUCCUGCAAAAUUGAAUGACACGCACAAAAAACAACCGAGGACAAGGUGUGUGUUAUUUGGAUUUACUUCAAGUGAUGAAGGGAGGACGAUGGAGUAGAUUUUGGGGGAGACAAUACUCAUAUACUUUGGUUGCUCUUGUUAUAACUACCAUUCUUCUAUGGUCUUGGGAGGAAAACCCCGUUAUCUCUUCAAUAUCAGAUGAAGGUCAAUUUUUGAAGACUCCUCCAGAUACUACUGUGGAUACACUUGAUGACACAUCAGAAUCCUUAAACACGGAGGUAGGUUUUUUAGAAAGAUAUUCACAAUCACAAUCAGGGAAAGGAGGCAGCAGAGGGGAAGAAAUUGCAGUUCAAAAUAUUGAUAGUCCACUGAACUCAUCGAGACUUUUUCCGGAAAGAACAGACAAUAACCAAAUCUCGACCUCUUCUAAUGAGAACAAAGAGUGUAACUAUGCCAAGGGCAGAUGGAUCGCAGAUAAUCACCGACCACUGUACUCCGGAACGAAAUGUAAGCAGUGGUUAUCUGACAUGUGGUCAUGUAGAUUGACCCAGCGAAAAGAUUUUUCGUAUGAAGCAUAUCGCUGGCAGCCAGAAGCAUGUGAUAUGCCGGAAUUUAAUGGAUCAGCAUUUUUGAGAAGAAUGCAGGACAAAACUGUUGCUUUAGUAGGAGAUUCCUUGAAUCGGCAACAAUAUCAAUCUCUCAUGUGCAUGAUUACUGGCGGUAAUGAUAGACCAGAAGUUGAGAAUGUAGGACGGAAAUACGGUCUUGUGGUACCUCGAGGAUCUACUCGUCCUGAUGGUUGGGCUUACAGAUUUCCAGAUACCAACACCACCGUACUAUAUUAUUGGUCAUCCAGCCUUUGUGAUCUAGAGCCUAUUAACAUGACAGAUCCAACCACUGGGAUUGCUAUGCACUUGGAUCGCCCGCCUGCUUUCUUGAGUCGAUAUAUUGAUCAAAUCGAUGUCCUGGUUCUCAACACAGGACAUCACUGGAACAGAGGGAAGCUCAAUGCAAACCGGUGGGUUAUGUAUGCGAAUGGGAAGCCAGUUAAAGAUAGGAUGCUUGUGCAAAUUGGGAACGCCAAGAGUUUUGCAGUUCAUAGUAUUGCCAGAUGGGUUGAUGCACAGAUAACCCUGCGCCCACAACUCAAAGCAUUCUUCCGAACAAUAUCACCUCGACAUUUCUUCAAUGGGGAUUGGAACACCGGAGGCAGCUGUGAUAACACAACUCCAAUGUUACAAGGAAGUGAAGUGAAGCAAGACAAAUCAAGUGAUUCUGUUGUGGAGAGUGCUGUUAAGAGUACAAGGGUAAAGAUUUUAGAUAUAACUGCAAUAUCUCAACUGAGGGAUGAGGCUCACAUGUCACGAUACAGUCGGAAAAGAUCAGACGGUGUACAUGACUGCUUGCAUUGGUGCCUCCCCGGAGUCCCGGAUGUCUGGAACGAAAUCCUUUAUGCACAGCUAUAAAUUAUAGUAAUUGUAUACAGUACAUUCCUCAAGCAAGAAACAAGUAGAUAGGAGUCAAGUCCAUCUGCCAUUUAGAGCAAAUAUGGAUGGAUUAUACGGUGGAAUCAGUGCUUUGAGCAUUCCAAAGGCUGCAGGUGAGGAACUCGCAAACAUUCUUAUUACAGAUCAAGUUAAAUAGUGUUGUACAAGAAA